AUGUCACUACCUCCAAUGACAGGGUUUGAAAUUGUGCCUCAUAAAGAAAGAAAACAAUUUAUAGACAGGGAUAAAAAAGUCAGUUGCCAGGUGUUCAGAGUCACCGUUGUGAUGGUCAGCAGGCGUGCCAGCAGGCAGCUAGGAGGCUUUGCUUUGGCCACUCUAGCAUGGAUCCUGUGCAGCGUCUCCAUGAGCCUCCCUCAGUGGCGAGUGUGGUGUUUUCAGGAGCCCUUGGAUUCCAAGCCCAGAAUGACUUUAGUGGGGAUGUGGAAAACCUGUGUUUACCACCAGGAAGGCGAUUCCAACAUUUCCAAAGUGUGUUACAAAUAUAAGAACGAGGACACCUUCGUCCCUUUGGAUAUUCGAGUGUCUCAACACCUUCUACUGAUGUCCAGCUUUCUUGGCACGAUUGCCACAGUCACUGUCAUUGUGGCUCUUUGGAAAUUGUACUCAGGGAGACUCCGGAAGAAAGCCACCUACAAUCCAUUCACGGUUCCAGGGAUUCUGAACGUCAUUGCUAGCAUUUUUGUCUUCUUAUCCAUCGUGUACAACUAUUUAUCCAUCAUUCGCAAGGAUGGGAUUGCCUUCCCCCCAUCAUUCCACAUACCUUCUUUCCCAGAUACCCAGAAGAUUGGCACUGCGCUGGCAAUGGCGACCCUUUCUUGCUUUCUAUUUCUAGUGGGUGGCAUAAUUUCUCUUUCUUUUACUCUUCCCCAGUAUUCCCUACUAUAUUCUAUCCUUUAA